AUGGAGGAAACAAUUCCAUACAACAUGAAGCUACCAGUCUUGGCAACAUUCAACGGAGAAGGAGAUCCGCGGGGAUCAUACUUCCAGAUUUACAGCCACCAUGGGGCUACUAAGCGUAUCAGACACAAUUCUAUGCCGGGUAUUCCCAACACUCUCACAAGUACCACCCAAAGAUGGUACAACAAGCUGAAACCAGGAUCUAUCAAGAGCUUCGCCUCACUGUCAACUGAGUUUCUCAACAGAUACCUCACGAAUAUACCAGCAAAAACAACCACACGCAUCCUAAGGUCAUGCAUCCAGGAAGAAGGAGAAACGCUAAGAAGCUAUAUCGAGCGAUUUAACAAGCAAGAUAUGAAGAUCGAUAACCUGAACGUCGACAUGGAAACCGAAGCAUUGCGAGAAGGAACGCGAUUCGGCAAACUAGUAGACAAGCUGCUGGUUAAUAAACCCACGACUUUCUCGAACCUAAUGGGCAUAGCCCAAAAAUACUUCAAACUAGACGAGUGCCGGAGGGCGAUACGCGGGAAAGAAGCAAUGGGAAAAGAGUCAAAAGAAAAAUCAAAGGAAAAACCAAAGUCAAAAUCUGAAGAUAGAAGAGGAAGGCCAGAAGAGAGCAGCCGAACCAACGUCCUUAUGUGGAUCAAAGAAAACGUCAAAAACAUAGUAUGGCCGCCGAAGAUGAAGGCCGAAAUAAAAGACACGAGAAAAUACUGCAAAUUCCACGAAGAUUACGAACAUGAAACAGACAGUUGCAGAGAUUUGAAAGUCAAAAUCGAGUGA